CAGUAGCUGCGCACUGAGGCACGUUUUCCUCCUGCAGCAGCAGCAUGGACAGCUGCGGAGCUUGUGCGUGGUGAUGGAUGUAGAGAUGGUGGAGCUCUCGGUAAAAGCAGCGGAGCCGGUCCGGCCGGCCGGGAUCCUCCAACAGAACCGCGUCUUUCUCGACUUCUUCUGGGACUUGGCCAAACCGGAUCAGGAGGUCCGACUGAAGGCGAUAGAAGACCUGAUCCAGUACCUGAAAACCAACAACAAGGCGGAUGAGUUGGAGUACACCUUUAAAAGGUUGGUGGAUGGACUGGCUCACACACGAGAGGCUGCAAGACCUGGAUUCAGUCUGGCUCUGGGACAGGUCUUAAGUACGUUUGAAGACGUUUCCUUGCAGAGUAUACUCAACAGAAUCAAAGAAAAACACAAUUUACAGACAGUGAAGAAGAAACUGGUCAGAAAUGCUUUGUUUGGAAACUUGUUUGGCGUCCUCGCCCUUCAUCAGUCCAGCCGCCUCUCCAAAGAGCCACAGGUGGUUUUGGGAUGUGUGCAACUCCUCCAGAGCCUCACCCAGCACAGACAACACCUGAAGGACCUGCCCAAUAAGACGAUGAUGGACAUCCUCAAUGAGAUCCCAGAGGAGGUAUUUGAGGAGGUCCUACUUAGUGCCCUGCAAACUGAUCUGGCAUCAGCCUUCAGUACUCCAGAGCAGCUGCAGCUGCUGCUAGUAGCACUGCAGCGUUUCCCACAAACCCUCAAACCCAAGAAACUCAAGAAGCUGCUGGGCUCCUCGACCAUCAUAAACGCUGAAAACAUCCCAAAGUUGACAGAGGUGAUGAAGAUGGCGGCCCGCUCGGUGAAGAAGGAGUGUGUCCUCCCAGCAGUUGUCCUGGAUCUCCUGAAGCUCUCUCUGAAAGAAGACAGCUUCCAGCUCUUCUGGAAUAACGCCAUCAUCAACGGCAUGUUUAAGGAGCCAUCGGGGCCAACGCAUUACCUGAGCUUCCGUCUCCUGGGCAGUGCCCUGCCUCACCUGUCUAUAGCCCAGCUGAAGGAGGUGUUGUCUGGAGAGGUGAUGAUGCACUACGGGGAACACGUGGUGUCUGCUCAGAAACCUGACCGCUUCAAGCUGGCCCCAGAGAUGGACACCUACGUGUCAAACUUCUUGGAAGGCUGCCAGGACUCGGACAAACAGCUGGCAGUGAUGGUUGCCUUCUCCUCGCUGACCAACCGGGGCUAUCCUGUGGUGCCAUCCGUGUGGAGGGUGGUGCAACACCUUCAGCCUGCAGCUCUGCAGCAGUACGUGGAGUGGCUGAAAAAGAUGUUCCUGCAACCUCAGCUUGACAAGCUGCUGGACUUCAGCACUCGCAAGCAGAAGGACAAUCAAGAUGCACAGGAACAGAAGGAGAACUCCAUAUUUCGCCUGCGGAAGUGGAUUGUUUCUCGGCUAUCCUCAAUCAUUGAUAACUACCAGGUGAAGAGGCAGGAGGAUCUCAUCAUGGAUGUGGCCAGGUUUGUCUUUUUUCAUGCUUUCUUCAAUGCCAAGAAGGCCUCGGCCGACAUACCAGAGACGGGGGUGAAGCUUUCUGUCCCGCUGGAUGAUCGAACCAGAGGAGUGCUUGUCAAUUCAUUCUUUGGACUCCUCCUGUCCAUGCACCACCUGCCUCAGCCUGAGGACUCGGCCGAAGGUGCAGCUGACAACCGAAAGCGGGCACUGGGUGUAACAUCUGAUGGCACCAUGUGGAUCUACCACCUGGUCCAGUACGCCAGUGUCCUACUUAACCAGCCAAAACACGUCCAGAGCAGCCAGCCCUUCAGCCCUGAGCAGAGAGAGGCAUGGGACAGCAUGAUUGAGUCAGUGUCAAACCUGAAGAAGAAAUCUAAGAAAGGCCCAACUGCAGAAAACACUGCGUUCCAGCAGCUCUUCCUGUUGGUCGGCAUGCACCUCUUCAAGGCCCCCGAAGAGCUGCUGGGCAUCAUGAAGGACCUGCAGAGCUGUGUGAACAAAGCUCAGGAGAAGAAGGCCAAGAAGAAAAAGAAACAAGCCAAAGAGCAGGAAGAGGAGCCUGAGUGGGUGGAGGUGAUGGUGGACAUCUUGUUGUCGCUGCUGUCUCAGCCGAGCCGACACAUCAGACAGGUCUGCAAGACGGUCUUCACCUCUAUCUGCCCUCAUGUGACUGCAGCAGCCCUCACCGCCAUCUUAGAUGUCCUGGAUCCAGAGAAGGACGACGAAGACAGUGCUGUGGUCGUCACUGAUGACAACAAAACCCAGAAGAACCCAGAUGAGGAAGAUGAUGAGGAAGAUGACGAGGAGAUGGAGGAUGACGAGUCUGACGGAUCAGGUGAUGACUCUGAUGAGGACGAAGAUGACUCUGAUGAGGAUGAAGCAAUGGAAGAGGAGGGAGUGGAGGAGGGAGACGUGGACCAAAAUUUCCGUUUGGAGCUGAUGAAGGUCCUGCAGCAGCAGAAUGCUCUGGCCACAGAGGAGGAUGGCAGCAGUGAUGAAGAUCUGGAUGAUGAUGCCAUGAUGGAGCUGGAUAAAGGCCUGGCAGCGCUGUUCUCUGAGCAGAAGAAAAAGAACCAGGCCAAGAAGGAUGAAAAGGCAAAAAUACAAAAAGAGAAGGCGCUGGUCCGAGACUUUAAGAUCAAGGUGUUGGACCUGGUUGAGGUGUUCGUGGCCCGGCAGGCCGGCAGUCCACUUGUGCUGGGCUUGGUGGAGCCUCUGCUCACCCUCAUUGACAGAGGAAUGAGCUCCGACACCGACCAGCAGGAGCAGGACUUCCUCCGCCGAGCUGCAGAUAUCUUCAGGAACCAGCUGUGUAGGUCCAAGGUUUACUGCAGGACUGUUGGUGACAGACAGGGGGAGCUCCAUGAUCUGCUGGACAAACUGAUGACUAAAACCCAGAAACUGUCUGACUCCUCAGUCUGCCUCUACUACUUCAGUGCGUCACUGUACGUGGUGAAAGUGCUGCGAGGAGCUCCACCCGCUGAGGCCAAAGACGAGCAGGCGGGCGACAAAGCUGCAGCAAAUGACUUGAAGUACGUCGGCAGCAUGGAUGUGGAUCGGGUCUCGUCCAUCUUCAGAGAGGCUCUGAGCUCCUUCAUGGGCAAGAGAAAGAGCCCUCUGACCGCUCAGAUGUUCACAGACCUGUUCAACAGAUUUCCAAUUUUGUGUGUGAACCUGUUGGAUGCAACAAUGCAGCACAUCACGUCUGGGGUCAGAGUACACCAGCAGGGCCAAGCAUCUGUGCUGAUGUUGCGGGCGAUGCAGUGCAAGGAGGUUCAGCAGCUGCUGAGCGGCGCUCCGUGGACAGAGCUCUGUGGGAAAGUUGCGGCUCAGCUGGCAGUGAGUCUUCAGCAGGUCGGUCCAACUGAGAGCAAGGUGGUGAAGGAGAAGGUGGUGAAAAUCCUGGAGCUCUGUCAGUUCCUGGUCAAGCAGGUUCACCAACAGAAACUUUCUGUAGAUCUGGAGCCACUUCAGAAGGUCCUGCAGUCGCUGUCCAGCGUCAUCACUUUCAAUAAGACUGGCACGCUCGAGGACACCUACUGGGCUGUGGUGAAACACUUUGGAGUCAUAAAACCCAAAGUUGAAAAAAGAAAACCCGACAAGGACGCCGAGCAAGGCCAAGUUUCCAAGAAGAAGAAAGGUUUCCUACCCGAAACAAAGAAACGUAAAAAGCGUACGAAGCCUGUUUUAGAGCCAGCAGGAGAAAACUCGACCUCCACAGGCAAACCAGGAGCAGACAGAGGACAAGCCAAAAAGAAACAUGACAAGAAAGCAAAACAGAAGAGACCGGCCGAUGGUGCCACUGCUUCUCAGCCCAACCCAGCCAAGAAGGGCAAGACACAGUCUGAGAACAAGGCGGCCAAGAAGAAGAAGAAACCCAAGAAGAAGUAGUAGGGAAAAUGUAAAAUGGACACUGCUGUUUAAAUGUUUAUUUCCUUUUAAAGAAGCUGUCUGUUCGUCCGUAACUUUUUUUACUGUCCAUGCAGUUUGUUUCAGACAGUGUUUAUGUUUCAGUAUAAGAUAUUAUUAUACGUACUUAGAAGUGAAUUUACGUAGAUUAUUUUUCUAAUGUUUGACUAAUUAGAGAAAAAUGUCUAUAACAAUAAAUUCAUUUCCCUUCCUGGAAAUCCAUCACAACUGUACUUCUAUCAGCUUUGUUAUUCAACAUUAAUAAGAAACAUUUGUGAAGUGUACAAAAUUGAAAAUAAUCACAAUCUACGAUUUUAGGUGUUUAACAACAGGCCACAAAUAAACAGGUUCAUUUCUUAAAAA